AUGGAGACCAAAGAUCUUGUCAGCUCUCUAAAAGUUCAUGAGAUUAGUCUUAAUGAACAUGAGUCAUCUAAGAAAAGCAAAUCCAUUGCUCUACCAUCUAAAGGGAAGUCAUCAAAAGCUCUCAAAGUUGUGGAAUCUGAAGAAGAAUCACCUGAUGGAGAUUCUGAUGAGGAUCCUACUGAGAAGAUGGCUAUGCUCUCAAAUAAGCUUGAGUAUCUAGCGAAGAAGAAUAGGAAGUUUCUGAUGAAGAAAGAAGCAUGGACACUUGCUGAUUGCCCUGAUCUUCAGAAGGAGAAAUCAAAAGACAAGUCAAAGAGGUCAAGUUUCAAUACUAGGAAAUUCCGAAAGCAAAUCAAAAAGAGUUUGAUGGCGACAUGGGAAGAUUUAGACAGUGAUUCAGACUCUGAAAAGGAAGAUUCUGAAGAAGAUUCUAAAGUAGCUGUUGGGUUAGUAGCUACAGUGACUUCAGAAGCAGAUUCAGAUUCAGAUUAUGAAGAUGAAAAUGAGAUAUGUCUAAGGCCAAAGAAAGAUGAAUCUGAAGAAUGUCCAGAAGCUCAACCCACCUCAGAAGCUAAACCAACCUCAGAAGCACAAAGUGAAAAUGCUUCUGAAGAUAUUCAAGAUGACUCUCAACAAAGUGUAAGCAAUGAGAUCUUUAAGAAGAUCAUGCAUUAUGAAAGCGCGAAGGAGACAUUGGAUGCAUUAGAGAAACUAUAUUCUGGUGAUGGUAAAUUGAAGAAGGUGAGACUGCAAGCUUUGAGAAGACAUUAUGAAGUGUUGACAAUGGAAGAAGAAGAAUUUGUUAGUCAAUACUUUGAUAAGGUGAUCAAUCUUACAAAUCAGAUGACAAGGAAUGGUGAAACUGUCACUGAUGUGAUGAAGUGGCCCUAG